CAGGCAUCGUGAAGGGCGCAUGCGCAAUAGUUCUGGGAGGGGCCACAGCCUGAAGAUCCGGAUCCAAAGCUCGGAUUGCAGGGAGCUGCUGAAUCUCCUGGAAGGACAGACGGACCUGAUCAUCCUGACCCGGGCCAGAGGCACAGGUCCCAUGGGGAGUGAACCUGUCACCUCUAGUACCAUGGCUUGUCUAAGAGAUCUAGCUUGAUGAUGCCAACUUGAACCUGGGUUCCAAGCAUGGAGUUCCUGUCAGCCCCCCAGCACCCACCAGGGGCCCCAGCUAUGGACUUGGAGGAUCCCAAAAGCCCCGAGCUGCCCUCUGAUGACCAGCCCUCUAGCACCCAGUGGGCCUCGGGGUCCGGAGAGCCUGUCACGCCGAACGAAAUGGAGCUGGACGCAUCCGGUGUGCAAGAACUGGUCCAGCAACUGGAAGCUCUGCCCAGUGACCUGGGUGGCCCGUUCCCAGAAGGAGAGCCCUGUCCCCUGCACAUUGCCACUGGCCAAGGCCUGACCGCCCAGGAGAGUGUGGAUGCUGGUUGGCUCUUGUCUGCUGAGGCGGGCGGGGGUGACUUUCUGGGUCUGCUGAGGUUCGAGUCAUCUUCGCCUGCCCAGCCAGGGCCUGCAGAUCCUCCACAGACUGCACCCCGCUUGUUGCAGCCACCUGAGGACCCAGAUGGGGACCGGGGAUUGCCAGGGUGGAUGGAGGGGAGGUCGACAGAGCCAACAGAAAGCAGGAGUUCCAGCAGCUCCCCCGAGCCCUGGCUGGAGACAGUACCACUGGUGACCCAGCAGGAGCUACCUGCGAUUGCCCAGAGCCCUGAGACCCUGGCCUCAUGCCCUGCCAUCUCUGAGGUUCCAGGUCCCUGUGGACAAGAGGAGCUGGUGGACGGUGUCAUUUUCGCGGCAAAAUACCUGGGUUCCACCCAGUUGCUGUCAGAGCGCAGCCCACCACCCAGCAUCCGCAUGGGUCAGGCGCAGGAGGCCAUGGACCGUGUCAAGGCCCCCGAAGGUGAGACUCAGCCCAUGGUGGAGGUGGACAUCUUUAUCUCCACCAAGAGGGUCAAGGUGCUAGCCGCUGACUCCCAGGAUGCCUUGAUGGACCACGCCCUGCAGACCGUCUCCUAUAUUGCGGACAUUGGGCAUGUGCUGGUCGUGAUGGCCCGGAGACGGCUGGCCAGGAGGACCAUGCCCCAGGAUCGCAAGCGGCGUCUCUACAAGAUGCUAUGCCAUGUCUUCCACUCAGAGGAUGCCCAGCUCGUUGCACAGGCCAUCGGCCAGGCCUUCAGCAUCGCCUACAGCCAGUUCCUGCAGGAGAACGGGAUCGACCCCACCCAAGUGGGCACGCAGCCGUCGGCCACCAGCCACCCGCACAACGGUGACCUGGACCACUUCUGCAACAGCCAGAACUGCAAGGAGGUCUGCAUCCAGAAGUGCCCUGGUGAGGGCCUGGGUGUCGCCCUAGUUGAGUCCGGCUGGGGCUCACUGCUGCCCACCGCCGUCAUCGCCAACCUGCUCCACGGAGGCCCUGCCGAGCGCUCCGGAGCCCUCAGCAUUGGGGACCGUGUUACUGCUAUCAACGGGACAAGCCUGGUGGGGCUGUCCCUCGAUGCCUGCCAGGCUGCUGUGCGUGAGGUGCGGCGACACUCAUCAGUGACACUGAGUAUCAUCCACUGCCCGCCCGUCACUACAGCCAUCAUCCGCCGGCCCCACGUGCACGAGCAAUUGGGCUUCUGUGUCGAGGACGGCAUCAUCUGCAGUCUGCUGCGCGGGGGUGCGGCUGAGCGCGGGGGUGUCCGCGUGGGACACCGCAUCAUCGAGGUCAACGGGCAGAGUGUGGUGGCCAUGCCCCAUGCGCGCAUCAUCCAGCUGCUCACAGAGGCACGAGAGAUUCACAUCAAGACCAUGCCAGCUGCCACCUACCGGCUGCUCACUGGGCAGGAACAGCCGGUAUACCUGUGACCGCCCCACCUGUGUGCCUUUGUCCCUGCUACCAGGACUGUCACCCCACAGCCCACAGGGACCCCAGAAUCCUCAGCCUUGUAUUAUUUUCUAAUGUUAAAAAAAAAAAUAAAGGUUUAUUAAAUGGUCAAA